CAAGAUAUCAGCUCCUUUUACAACGGCUGAUGUAAACACAAGAGGUAGCGAGCGGACCAACGUGGGCGACAUGAGGUCACAGAAAGAGAAAGAAGAAAUGGUGAAAACGGUGGAACACUUCUGGAAAGAUAUUGGAGGUGCGAGUGGCAAACCACCGUCCCAAGGGAUACAGCAGGUUCCAGUGGCGGAUUCACAGUUCAAGUUGAAGACUCCCAUAGUUGCUCAUACUCCUGAAGGGUUAUCAUUCUCAGAUGGCAAGGUAGAAGAUAAUGAAGACUUCAAGGGAUCUAUAAAGGCAUUUGCUUUUGCUGAUAAUGGAACUAGAAUUGCCUGGAUAAAAAGUGGCCAGGUUUGUGUGGCUGAAGCUCCAGAAUGGACAAGAAUUGGAACACUAAAACAUCCACGUGCACAAGAAAUUUGCUUUUCUCCCAAGGGCAACUACAUAGCUGUGUGGGAAUCAUAUAUCAAGACACAAGAUCAGAAUCAAGUACAACCAAACUUGAGUGUCUAUGAUGUUAAUGGAAAAAAGUUACUUAAAGCUUUUUACCAGCAAAGCCAGAUUAACUGGCAACCACAAUGGACAUAUGAUGAAACUAUUUUGGCACGAAAUGUUACCAAUGAAGUACAUUUUUAUAAGGCAGAUGAUCUUCAAACUAUUGUUGAAAAGAAGAUUCUCUCAAAAGUGCGGUCCUUCAGUUUAUCACCAUCCACCGGAAAUCAUUUUGUUACUUUUUUUGUGCCAGGUGUUAAGGGAAGUCCGGCCUUUGUUCAUCUGUAUCGCUAUCCAAAUUUCCAAGAUACUACCAGUGCAUUGGCUAACAAGAGUUUUUUCAAGGCUGACAGUGUGAACACAUAUUGGAACAAGCAGUCCACAGCUUGUUUGCUUCUGACUGUGGCUGAAGUUGACAAAUCAGGCACAUCUUAUUAUGGGGAGCAAAUGCUUUUUUAUCUCAGCACCCAAGGAGACUCAUCAAGGAUAACUUUUUCAAAAUCUGGAAAUAUUCACUCUGUGUCUUGGUGCCCAAAUGGCCAAGAAUUCUUCGUUGUUUAUGGAACAAUGCCGUCCAAAGCUACAAUGUUCAACCAUAAGUGUGAAGUUGUUUCUGAAUUUGGAGAGGGAGCCAGAAACACUGUUAUUGUCAAUCCAGUUGGAAAUAUUGUUCUGAUUGGAGGAUUUGGAAACAUUUCUCCAAGAUAUGAGAUGUGGGACAUCAAAAUGAAGAAAAAGAUUAGUGAGACAGAAUGUCCAGACACUACACACUUCAGCUGGUCUCCAUGUGGUCAAUACCUGCUGACAGCUACCUGCUAUGCUCGUCUGAAAGUCAACAAUGGGUACAGAGUGUGGCACUAUACAGCUGUUUUGCAACAAGAAUGUUCUCAUCAAGAACUUUAUAGUGCUUCGUGGAUUCCAUCUCCUGAAGCAGCCCAACCCUUCUCAAUAUCUGCAAAGCCUGCCUCAGGGAUAACCCCAUCCACUGCAGUUGCCUCAAAACAGAGGUAUGUCCCUCCAAGCCAGAGAGGAGUGAAGAGUGUUGUUGGUGCCACAAAAACAGAAAAAAAGUUUUUGAGUCAAGUGGACAAUCCAUCCAAAGAGGAAGCACCUCAACAACUGUCAAAAGCAGCCCUUAAGAACAAAAAGAAGAGAGAAGCAGCAAAGAAAAAGCGGGAAGAAGAAGGAAAAGAAGGGAAAGAGGAAACUUGUAAAAAGAGCCCAGGAUCUUUAGAACAAGUUGUUCCUUUCUCUGCUGCAAACAUUGAGCUGACUGGAGAUCCUGAAAAAGACAAGAAGAUAAGAAAUCUUAAAAAGAAACUGAAUGCUAUUGCUAAGCUUAAAGUUGAACUUGAAAAUGGGAAAACUCUAGAAAAAGACCAAAUGGAAAAAAUUGCCACAGAAGAAAAGUUAGUGAGAGAUCUAGAGGACUUAGUUAUUUGAUGUGAUUUGCUUUUGCUGAGAGCUGGACUAUCUACAGGACAGAGUGCCCAUUGCACAUAGAGGUGUGGAGUUUUAUAAUAUUUAUAUAUUGGAGGUUGGGUUGUUAACAGUGGUGGAACUUAUUGUCCAAGUGCCCUAGUGCAAGAUCUUUGGACAGGCCCUUUAAUGUACACUUGAAUAAGUUUGACUCACACAGGACAAAAGUCUUUAACUGAACACACAUUGUCAUUAACGGUGCAAAAGAGAGGAUUUCCAAUAACACCCCUCCCUGACAUCACAAUGGGCCUGGCAGAGCCGGGAAGUGCCCAAACCCGGCCCUCAGCCAUGACGGGCCCCAGUGUGGCUGCACUGGUUGCACUGCCUAUAGCUACACUCCUAGUUGUUAAUUGAUAUUAAGUAUAAUAUUGCAACAGGGUAAUUGGAUGUAUUUGAUUAGCUUCAUAAAAAAAGAAAGAUGAAGAGGACACUCACAAGAGUAGUGCAUUUAUAUGUUCAAUUAAUAGAUUUACAUUCUUUGAAUUUAAGUGAUUCAUCAGUGACAAGGUAGCUGCUGUUCGUAACGAAGGACAUAUUUUAUUCUUUUAGAUUAUAUGACAAGUUAUAGAAUGUAUCUUGAUAUUUUAGAAUUACUGUUAAACUAUGCCUUACUGAAUUGAAAAUGAUGAGUAUACAUAUUAAUUUAAUGCCAAAAUAUGUUUGUGCUUAUGCACUUUACAAGUUGUGAUGAUUUAAAUUAUGGUAGAAUAAUUAUGUUUCAUGUAUGUAGCAUUUACAGCUGCAAUGAAGCCUAUACUUACAAAGAAAUAUCUCAGUGAUCUCAAUAACAUCUUUGUCAAUUUGCCUGUGUCAGCUAAAACAUCUUUUGCUUAUGAGUAGCAACACAUAUUGUAUUAGUGUAAUAUGUUUUGCUACAAAAGUAAAUGAUAAGUAAUGGUGCUCUAGGAUCUUAAGGGGCUAUAUAAUAUCAAGUGUUUCAUGCCUGCAUAGGUAAGUCUUUCUCCUGCUUCGCAUGUGUCAUGAGGAAGAGCAUUUUAGGUUUUCAAAAUCUUAUACAUAUAUAAAAUAAAGCAUAAUGGUACAAUAGGAAAGGCCUGUACUAUAUAUAUACUGUACUUUAUGUUGUUUUGUAAUUACACCAAGGUUUCCUUAUAUGCAGCUUCAACAUAUAUAAGUACCCUAAAAAUUACAAGAAUUUUCUAUGUUUGUGAUUAAGAGAAAACCAAAAAUUGCCCAUAUGAAAGUUGUGUGAAAGGCAACACAAAGCAUAGCACAGAUCAACAUCUGUAGCACCCACUUCCUUGUCUCCCAAAGACCAUUGGAAGUGGUAUAUGGAAGGUAGUGCCGUUGUUUUAGUAUUGUUUUGAGGUACACCUGAAAUGUUGUCUUGCUCCUCAACUUGGCUAUGUAAUGCAUUCAAGACAAAGUGUGGCAAGUUAGAACUUCCUUAAUGUAAUAACUAGUACUGACACCCCCUUAUAGUGCAAGUUCCAGAAGGACUGCAUUACAUCUCCAUUUUUACACCUCUUAUCGUAAUGGCAAAUAUACAUGAGGAAAAUCCCUUUUUUUUUUUUUUAUCUCUAUAGGUCACAUUUUUCUUCAUGGAGGGAAUACAGACACACAAUGUGUCUUGCAUCAUGUGGUUGGCUGAAUAGUUAUGCACCAGACUGUCUCCCCGACAGAUUGUGUACAACGUGGUGUAGUGAGCAGUGGGAGCCAUCUUGCUUUUUGCCACAAAAAGUACUGGUUUGAUCCACUGAUAUAAUGAAAACUGAAUUAAUGAUUACAGUUGUUAAAAAAUUAUAAAAUAUGACUCUGUAAUUAAUGUAAAGACAAGUUUCACUAUUCAAAACUAUGCACAGUUUUAGCAGAAUGUGACCCUGGUAUGUAAUAAGGCCCUGGUAUACGGUUUGAGUCACAGUUUAGUAUUAGGAUUUUUUUCUUUCUGUUUUUUUUUAUUUUUAUGCAAGAUAAGUUUUUAUUUGUUGAAACUAUUAGGAUGCAAGUCAUAAGGAUAUGACUAAAGGUAGUGAUUUACUUCAUCAAAGUCUACAUAGGAGUCAUUUUGAUAAAGGGAGUGACUGCAAGGCACUUGUCAUGAAAUACCAGACUGGAUGUUUUGGACUGGUUUACUCACUGUAGUUGUAGGAAGUUUUAACAUAUUUGCAGAAAUGCAUUGUUUGAAAGUUAAAGUACAAUAGUUAAUUAAAAACCAAGCAAAUUAAA